UUUUCAAUCUUUCAACAAAUGCAUUCCAUGUACUUGCAAAACUAAUUAGCUCCAUAGAACCGAAAUCUUGUUUCGUUGUCCUUGAGAAACAAUGAAACUGUGCUGAUAGAUAAUAAUGAAAAAUCAAUGUGAUGAUGGCGAUCUCGCAGAACAAUCCACAUCUUACUGUACGACGAACUUGUUUGCUUCAUUGAAUUGAAUCCCAGAGCAAAUAGUGUAAUGGGACCACAGAGGAGCAUACAUCGUGAAUAUUAUAAUAUCAUAUCAACAUAUCAUUGUAGAUAUACAUGUACAUGUUUUCAUACUGUUAAUAUCUAGAUUCUAGAUUCUCUCUCUCUCUCUCUCUCUCUCUCUCUCUCUCUCUCUCAAUUCCGCCAUUUGUUCCCUACUCAUUUUUUCCUUAUUAAUAAGUAUGUUGGAAUAUAGAUAAUAUGCAUGUUUCAAACAGAGUAUUUCUAUGUUAUCAACUACUUGUGAUUGUUUUGAUUAAAAUGUAAACAGAAAUUGCACUAGCGCACCAUUAAACACUACAUUUGAAAAAGGACAAUAGUAUAAAUAUGCUUUAAAAUUUCAAAACCAACAAUAUACCAAAAAUUGACAUUUAACAGUCCAAUUUAUAAAAAAUAUUAAACAGGGAUCAAGAUAAUAAAUAUAAGGAGUAAGAUUAUAGUUAGAAGAAAUCCACUCAAGGAUUCAGAUUAUAGCUAUAAAAAUUCCUAGCGCAUAGAAUGUAACUAUAAAAAGGUUAUAGUUAUAAAAAUUCUAAACAAAGAUUCAGGUUAUAGCUAUAAAAAUUCCAAACAAAGAUUCGGGUUAUAGUUAUAAAAACAAAGAUUCAAGUUAUAGUUAUAAAACUUCUAAACAAAGAAUCAGGUUAUAGCUAUAAAAAUUCCAAACAAAGAUUCGGGUUAUAGUUAUAAAAACAAAGAUUCAAGUUAGGUUAUAAAAAUUCUAAAACAAAGAUUCAGAUUAUAGCUAUAAAAAUUCCAAAGAAAGAUUCGGGUUAUAGUUAUAAAAACAAAGAUUCAAGUUAUAGUUAUAAAAAUUCUAAACAAUGAAUCAGGUUAUAGAUAUAAAAAUUCUAAACAAAGAUUCGGGUUAUAGUUAUAAAAACAAAGAUUCAAGUUAUAGUUAUAAAAAUUCUAAAACAAAGAUUCAGAUUAUAGCUAUAAAAAUUACAAACAAAGAUUCAGGUUAUAGUUAUAAAAAUUCUAAACAAAGAUUCAGAUUAUAGCUAUAAAAAUUCCGAAGAAAGAUUCGGGUUAUAGUUAUAAAAACAAAAUUUCAAGUUAUAGUUAUAAAAUUUCCAAAGAAAGACUCAGAUAAUAGUAAUAUGACUUCCAAACAAGUUGAUAAUGCAACAAAAGUUUCACCUUAAAAGAAAUGAGUGUUUUUUGUAGGUAUCUUGCUAUCUACAUUCAUUACAAUAUACACAGAUUUUUACAGAAAUAUACAAUUUGUACGCAUAAGAAUUCACUUAUAUCUGAACGAGAAUGUAAAAUAUAGUACACAUACAACUCUUUCAGAGUUCAGUAUAAAUUAUUCACUGUUAAUUGAAUGAAUGAAAUACUUAUACAAAAUUCAAGCUUUCAAGGGAAAAAAAUGUUAAAAUAUGAAAAUGCUAGUAAUAUACGUAAAACGAUCGCACCUAUUAUUAUUCUAGGUCAAGGAUUUUUUGUGCCAGUAAUUUUCCGUCGCAUAAGUCAAAAGAAGCUACAAUGCAAAAUGGUAUCACACAAAAAGUAGUCCCAUUCAAUGAAGGUUAUUAAAAGCAAUACCUUGUUUAUAGACAUUUUAUUCUAAGAUGACGCAAUUGUUCUUUUCGCAAUAAAAAAAAAAUUGACAAAUGAAAAUAACAUGAAAUAAUAAUAACGAUCGUAAUUAUUUGCAAAAAAGUAAUAUUUCUACAUGUAACGACAAUAAAAGGAUGAGCUAUUGUUAUUAGAAGGAGAUGUAUGUCAGAAUAAACUCAUUUGUCAAUAAUUUACAUUUAGUCAAGUUUUAUGUAGCAUACAUGUAUGAGGAAUGCAUGUUUACUUAUAGUGAUAGCGGCUGACCAGAACAAAAUUCUCAAAUGACUUUACUCCUCAAAUGUUUAUCAACCCUUAUAUUCAUGUUAAAUGACCGCAAAUUUUCUAAAGCAACAAAAAUACAAUACACAAACGACCAUGUAUUCUUACAUCUGCACAUUAUAUAUCUUGUGUAUCAGAUCACUAUGCAAAUGAUUUAGGUCGGGGAGCAUGUACUGAACGUCGGCAACUCUUGCAGAAUAUUCUAUAAACAGAUUCCAACACGUUAUCACGCGUGCAGUCUGCAGAUAGUUGUACAUUAGAUUAUGUACUGCAACCUGACAGAUCCAGAGGCGUCUAAGGGGGCUUUAUACUUGCCAAGAAAUCUGUCUUACACCGAAAAGAGCCACUUUGAUUGUUACAGUGUUAGUAGCAAUUUUGUGUACAAUCCCAGAGUCGACAAACAAGUGAACUAUAAGAGAGAAGUUGAAGCUACGAAACAUGUCUUAGAAUGUUUAUCGAGGAUAGCACGUAUAACUAUGAAUAUGGAUGCUGAGGUUGAUAUCGAUUUUGUUCCGAAUGGCAGUGACAAAGUCAAUGAACUUGUUAUGAAUCCAAAAUUGAACCUGAACGAUGAUGAUAUAUUUUUUGUGAAUGAGAUGGAUGAUUUAAAUUCUGUGGAAUCUUCUACGGCAAAAUCUAGUGUAAGUGACAAUGCUAAAGAGCUAGACUGUGGUCCCACAUCCGAUGACCUUGUAGGGACAUCUCAAGGAUGCGAAGGUUCAUUAGGGGAUGCUGUUGUGAAAGCUAUGCAAGCAAGAGAGCAUUCUAGCCGGCUUAAAAAAUGCUCGCCACCUCCUUUUGUCUUCACGGAUAUAUCGAUGAUAACCACAGUGGUUGACGAUGAUGAUGCAGAGGCGGAUGUCACAGAGGUGCAUACGGAAAUCUCAUUGAAAAAAGAUAAGUCAUUCGGUUCCCAGAAGUCACUCCUCGAAAGCCCUGUCUAUGAAGACAGUGAAUUUAACAUUGACAGAUCAGAGCUUAGAAAAUCUUCGUCAUUAAAAGCUAAAAAGACACCCCCGGGCACUCCCAGUCGUAAAAAGAUGGUCCGUUUCGCAGAUGCUUUAGGCUUGGAUCUCGAGGACGUGCGGCACGUGUUGAAUGCAGACAACCCGCCAAAAAUACCUGCAUCGGCGAUGGCCGAUUUAAAGGUUGGUAUUGAAUCUGAAACAAGAGAAUUAGGGAAGAGGUUCCUAACUGCUUGUUUCCAACAGCCCGGAGCUUCAGAAAACUUUCUCCAAAGGGUUCUUGCGCAGAAAAUCUGUUUAGAAAACGCAAUCAUUACAGACUUGACUAUCACCGGGGUUGUGAGGGUGGCCAACGUAGGAUUUCAUAAGACUGUUAGAGUAAGAUACACAACAAACAACUGGAUAUCAUAUCAUGACAUUAUGGCUUCUUAUGUACAGAAUUCUUGUGACGGUCCUACGGACAGGUUCUCAUUUAGCAUCUGUGCUCCUGCCGAUUUUGGUGUAGGUUCGAAACUGGAAUUUGCUAUAUCCUACUCUGUUGGUGAUCUGGUAUACUGGGACAGUAAUGAUGGAAAGAAUUACGUUUUCGAAUGUUUUGCGAAAACUACACCUACCGUGACCAGGGAUUCGUGGUUGCAUUUUGUUUAAGGCUGGUUUGUAGUGAGUUUUCUUCUUGGGCUGUCGUCAACACGUGUAGUUGAAUCAAAGUUUCUGUUUCACGAUAAGGAAAAAUAUAUUUUCCCUAAACUACACAAAACCUGUUGAACUAGCUAUAUAGCUAGUACAGGUUUUACAAAAUAUUACAUUGAAUUUAAUUGAGUGUGUGAAAAUGUAGAGAAGACCAAGUCUUUUAAGUUUUGUGAUUCAAAAUAUUUGGUAUGAAGUCGUCUGUGUAGAUAUUAGAGAGAAUCCUACCCUGGCUGUCAUAGAUUGUAUAAUAUAUUCAUUUAAUUUUCAUUGAUAAGAUAAUGUUCGUUAUUCAUACUCCCGGUGUGUUUCUAAUGUAGGUGCACAAUAACUGCACGGUGUAUAUUCAUUAUAGUGCUAUAUCAUAAAACUAUAGAGAAAAGCAUUGUUCUGAGAAUCUGUUUAAUAGGGGUAAUGACACGAGUUGAAUAUCCUAUGGUCAUGGCCCCUGGUUUUUCGUUGGGUUUGAUGAACGGGCAUUAUUCCAGGUAGGAAUUGAGAUGACGAAAUAUCAGUUGAACUUGCCAUUAUUCCUCAAUUCCUACUUUUAGUCUCUCGUUGAUAAUUGUGCAUUUAUAUGCAAAUGGUCAUCUCGGAUGUAGAAUUAGUAUUCUAGGUGUUGACCAUGUGUCGUGUGGUUUGUAGAGGUUUUCAACUCACGCUUUGUAAUUAUUAUUAUGAAUUUUUCUCCUCAAAUCAGGACGUGAAUUUUAUCAUUUUGAAACAGUCACGUAUAUCCCGGACGUAAAAUACUCAAUAUAAUGCUGACAUGGGUAUAGCACUGAACCGAAUACACGGUAUUCACGUGCAUUUAAAUCCCUUUAUUUGGCAGCCAUAAAUGAUCAAUUCUAACUACUUUGAAAUCCAUUUGAUUUUUACCUGCAAUUUCGCACUCUAAUCCAUGCCAACUCCAAAGGUGCUGCAUUUGUCAAGGUUAAAUUUCACACCGUAAACAAAAUAUUUGUGGUGCAGACGUCUACAUCUUUAGAUGCUAUGAUAGGGCAGUCAGUGUUAGCGAGGCUGUAAUAUUGCAUGCGAUAUUGGCAACUAAAUUAUAUUGCAUUACAGUGUACAACUUUAUGCAACGUAUUUAUUAUUAGGUAUUUAAGUAUAUUUUUUUCUUUCUGUGAUUAUGUAUGAAUUGUAUGUAUAUAGAACAUAGUGAGACUAUGUAAAAAUAUAAAGAUAUGUGUGUUAUUACAAGAUAGUUUGUUAAUUAGUUGUUUUCAUGUAAUCCCCUGCUGGUGAUAUGUAGACGAGGAUUUUCUGCACGUUGUAGUUUUCUUCAAAUCAAACUGUGUGUGCGUCUCCAAACAAUUAUAUUCUUUGUUUUUAUCAUGGCUGGCUUUAAAGACGGUCGAUGACGAGGCGCAUCCCGUGUGAUAUUUCUUGUUUCCGUUUCUACAAGGGGGUGAUAUCUAAUAUCAUUAUUUGUUGUUGUUGAUUAAAAAAAAAAAGAUACUUAUUCAAUUAUGCAAUGAAAGUUUAUAAACUUACUUUGCUUUAGUUAAUGUUGAAAUAUAUUCCAAAUGUAUUUUCAUCACGAGGUAAAAAUAGUAAACAAAAGAAGAACGAUAAUCAGAUUUGUUAUUGUACAUUGCCAUAUUGUUGCAUGCAUUUAAUCAUGCUAAAAUGCAUUAAAAUGAUCUCCUUA